UAAAGACUUUUGUCGCCCAUUUGUUCCAGUCACAACCGAUUCUCCAUCGGACAACGCUCUACCAAAUCAAUACCUUACAAAACCCUCUUCUUGGGCGACACAAGUUCCUUUUGAAAUACUCACUCUGUUAGACCUACUCCAUACAAAAUGAGUCGUAAACUGUUCCUGGUGACUCUUUGCCUCCUCGUCGUCAUCGUUCUUGCGGAAUCAUACCCACAAUACUACGGGGGUGGAGGAUACGGGGGCGGUCGAGGGCACGGGCGAAGGCACCACGGGGGGAGGUACGGUGGGGGCGGUGGGUACGGUGGGUACGGCGGAAACGGCUAUUACCCCGGAGGAGGAGGGUACGGCGGAUACCCAGGCGGCGGAUAUGGUGGUUAUCCAGGGGGUGGGUAUCAAGGCGGAGGUGGGUUAUUAUCUGCCCUAGCUAAUGGCAUUUCUGCCGCUGGCUCGUUUAGCUUAGGCGGUUCUUCAUCCGCAUCAGCCGCGGCGUCUGCAGCAAGCGGUGGAGGUGGUUCAAGUGCGGCAGCCGCUGCGGCCGCGGCUUCAUCUUCGAACGGAGGUGGAUUUUACGGAUGAUCUCUUUUAACACAAUGAACACAAAUAUAAGCACAAAUAUGUUUAGUGAAAUAACGAUAUUAAGUUAAUUCUGUGAUUUUGCUACAUAGGUUAAAAAAUGCACGUAAAUUGCAUAGUUCAUUACUAAGAAUUUAUUUACAAUUUUCACAAUGCAAUGCCAUACCAUAAUUACCAAGAUCGACACACAAUAAAAAUUAUUAAAGUAUAAAAACUAAGUAUA